CAAUUUUUAGUGAGUGCGAUCGCUCUUCACUCUUCUAUCGACUCCGGUUUUUCUUGCCGGCGAACUUCAGUCGACUAUCACUCUCAAUCGUCGUUGGAUCUUCUUUGUGCUGCGAUCAUCAGCAAUAAUGGGUGCUGGAAGGAAAACUCAUACUGUAAAUGGCGAUAACAGGAUUCCAACUUCUGAAAGUGGCCACAUGUCUGCUAGGAACUUGCGCAAGAAUGAUUUAGGAGGAGUUAUUUUUGGAUGCAAGCGCAAAACUAUGCAGGAGUGUCUCUCAAAGCAAUUGUUUGGUUUACCCGCUGCACAUUUCACCUAUGUAAGAAAUAUUGGGCCAGGUCUCCCAAUAUUUCACUAUAACUACAGUGAUCACGAACUUCAUGGAAUAUAUGAGUCUGUUAGUCAUGGCCAAAUGUACAUUGAUGCAUAUGCAUGGACUGAAGGGGGUGCGGAGAGGACUGCUUUUCCUGCUCAGGUCCGCAUCCGGAUAAGGGAACAGUGUAAGCCCCUUGCUGAAAAUGAAUUUAAACAUAUAAUUGAAGACAACUACUACUCGGAAAAACAUUUUUGGUUUGAGCUAGACCACUCACAAACUAGAUGCUUAAUUGCACUAUUCAAACCAGUGCCAGUUUUAAAUCCAUUUAGCCAACCUAAUGCUUUUCCUCCUUUGCCAAUUGCAAAACGGAAAUCAGUGAAAGAUGUAAAACCUACCAGUUCAUGGAAUGAAAAUAAAUUUUCAAUACUUUCUUUGGACAGUAGAGACAGUGAUUAUGGUUACCCAACUAACGCAUCAUCUAAUGCUACUGAAGAUAUUGAUUCUAAAGAGUUAGCAUCAAACUUGGAAGAUUUGUUUGAAGGCCAUAUAUUAGAUGGAACAAGUUCAAGCAUUGAUGCUAACUUUAAUGAAGCUCCUAAAAUUUUGGAUAAACAACCAGUUGAUAUAGAAGAUUACAAGAAUGUAUUGCUCAAAUUGGAAAGACUUUCAGCAAAUUUCAAGGUCAAUUCACCUAGAGGAGCCAUAAAUGAAAGCACAAGUGCCUGUGUCCCAGAAGAUUUGUACAACCGCAACAAGCAACUUUUGCAUGAUUCAUGUAAUUCGUCUGAGAAAAAUGAACUUCUCAAGGCAGGCAAUCUCCAUGAUGAUAAUGUCAAAACAAAUGUUCCGCUUCUAGACUUCUCCGUGAAAGAGCAUCAAGUAGCAGUGAAUUGCUCUGAUGGCAAUGCUAAUAGGGAUAUUGACAAGGUUUCAAAUGAAUCAUGCAGUUUGGUUACUCAUGCAACAGAUUCAACCUCUGCUAAUCUUUCUCAUGGAACUACUGAGUUGAUGGAAGCCAUCAGAGAACUGAAGGAGCGCACUGCAACAUUGGAGAAGCAGCAGGCGGAGUCUAAGGCAGAGAUUCAACAUCUGAGGAAUCUACAUAGAAACUUAGGACAGAUAAUUCAGCUGCAGAGUGCCCGUUUUAAUGCCAUAGAAUCAAAUAUAGGCACUUCCUUGCUACCUGAUCGUCUAGACAAGGUUGCUGACCAGUAUUUGCCUUCAGAAGAUUUAAUUUACCUUAUUGGAGGUUAUAGUGGUACUGCAUGGCUAUCAUCAUUAGAUUCGUUCUCACCAUCACUAGACACCUUGACACCCUUGAAGUCAAUGAGCUAUGCUCGUUCUUAUGCUUCUGUUGUUGCACUAAAUGGAGUUAUAUAUGCUUUGGGUGGUGGUGAUGGAAGUUCAUGGUAUGAUACAGUUGAGCGUUAUGACCGAAGACAUGAUGAAUGGACCGCAUGCCCUGCAAUGAUCCAUAAAAAAGGAAGUUUAGCCGGUGCAACUUUGAAUGGAAAGAUUUAUGCUAUUGGUGGAGGUGAUGGAUCUGAGAGCUUUUCUGACGUUGAGAUGUUUGAUCCUGCUUUAGGACGGUGGAUAUCUUGGCAAUCGAUGCUUCACAGGGUCCGUCAUCUGGUUUUGCCCCUUGAUGCUAUUUGUUGGUGCCGCCGGCGUCUUCGUUGUUUGGCCCCUUUGUUUUCUCUUCGGUGGCCUUUCCCGCCGUUGGCGCAUGUGAACAGUGGCAUGCCGAUGGGCCCCCCUUCUCGUCUGUCUAGGAGGGGUGUCGCGACUUGUGCCCAGGGCUCCACUGCUCGUUACCGUCGGACGCUCACAGGGUGUGGACUCGCCUCUCGCUCAGACCAUAGGGGUCCUACUGACCCGCCUGGGUUCUCGCCUCCACUUUUCGCCUUUGCGCUUCCUCUGGUUGCAUCCCGACCUCUUCUGGUCCGGCCUGUGUGCCCGGUUGUCUGUCGCAUGCGGCGGGCCCAACAGGUCCUCCAGGCCCGCCGGUUCUGUCCCGCAAACUCGCCCUGGUGUCUUGUUUCUACAUGUACUAGGCUUGGCUCGCACCCCGUCGAUGAUACGGCACUAACGCUUGCUGAACUCAUAGACUGA